UACGUAUUUAUUCACCCACAAUGAAGUCGAGCAACAUAACAAUGCUAACGAGGGCGGCGGUGGCGAUCGCCAUCUCCCUGGUGGCCGCCGUCGCCAAAGCAGAGGAGGGCGAGGUAGAACCAGCGGGGUUCCUGCCGAAGAAGACGACGGUGACGAUCACCAACAGGCUGGAGAGCCAGGCGGAGCUGACGGUGCAUUGCAAGUCCAAGGACGACGACAUCGGGGUGAAGGUGCUGAGUUACAACCAGGAGUUCGGGUUUCACUUCAGGGCCAACAUAUUUUUCACGACUCGGUUCUACUGCUCGUUCGAGUGGCCGGACGGCGACGGGAUCCACUGGUUCGAUAUUUACAAGCAAAAUAGGGAUUACUCAGUUUGCAAGGACUGUCAGUGGAUUGUGAAAUCACUUAGUCCAUGUAGGUUUAAUGAUGUGACUAAAGCUUAUGACGUCUGCUAUGAAUGGAACAAAUCAAAUGUCUGAUUAAUUAAAUAACAAAUGACCCAUGAUUGUACCGGAUGAUUUCUAAGAACGCCCAAGUUUUGGGGGGUUUAUAAUUAAAUGUUAAAUGCAAAAUUUGUAACGUUUUGUGUGUGUGUGGGGUGUGUUUAAAACCAAAAUCAUCUAAUAAUUAAGGAGAAUAGUCAUACCGUCGUAUAUAUUAUGAAAGUAAUGAACCAAGCACGACGGUUGACAGUUGACCAAUAACCAAUUGACAAUCUCCACAAAAAUUCAAAACAGAAAAACCAUGGUUCAAACACCACUGCAUAAAAUUUCUUAGGACUCAAUAUAGGAUGAGUAACCUAAAGGUGAGUAACAAUGAGUAACCAAAUCUGGACCCUUCUUUUUAAGUGACUGCAGAUCUAAGGGUGGAGAAUUAAAGGAAUUUAAUUUCCCUAAUUUUCUUAAUUGGAUCAUAUCUUCUUCAUUCUAACUCGGAUUUCAAUUUUUUUUACACAGAUGUAACGAGUUCGCUGUGCUCUACAAAUGAUAUCCAUUUUCAAUAUUUUUUGAGAAAUUUUUUUUCAUCCCUCUCGUUACCAACUCCAUACAAUAUGGUAUCUCCUUCGUUGUUUAGUCAUUUUCGGAAAUUUUUGCAGAAAAGGAACGAUUUAAUCAUGAUCUAUUGGAUUUCAAAAUUUUCUGGGGGAAAAAAUUUCAAACCUCUCAUUACCAACUUCAUACCACCCUGGUAUGAGGUGGUAUUUUUCAUACCAUAUGGUAUGCUGUUAUUUAAUACCAUAUGGUAUUUACUGGUAUUAAAUAACAACAUAUGAUAUUGACUGGUAUUUUUCAUACCAUAUGGUAUGCUGUUAUUUAAUACCAGUCAAUACCAUAUGGUAUAAGACUAGUAAUAACUGGCAAAUUUUUUUUGUUCCAAAAAAUAUCAAAAUGGAUAUAAUUUUGAAGAGCACAAUUAAUCUGAUCUAACUGUGAAAAAAAAUUAAAUUCCGAGUUAAAACGAGUGAGAAAUCGUCCGUUAAAGAUUAAGGGGAAAAAAUUAAUGAUUUUUCCAGGAGAGAGAAAGAGGCGCUGAUGUGACAGAUUCUUAUUGGGUUAUGCAUGGGGUUACUCACCACAAGGUACUCACCGGAUCUGCUCCCAUUCCUUAGCACUAAUAAUUCCAGAAUAAAUAGGUCGGUGAUACCUUGAAGGUCUGAGUUCUGGUCCUUAAGCCUCCUUUUUUAAGGAGGAUCUUAAAGCGUUGUGAUUGGUUGAUUUGGUUUUAGGUAGUUAGUAAGGAGUUAUUAGUUAGUGAGGAGUUAUUAGUUGUCAAGGGUAUGUUGGGAAUUAUAAAUAAUAUAAAAAUUAAAUAAUAAAUCAUACUAAUUUUCAAACCCACGUCUCGUUGGUUUUUCUCCCUCCCAGCGUAACAGGUUUUGUGUUAACCCGUCUCUUCGAGAGCAGUCUCCAGUCGUCUCCGUCUCCGUCGUCGGAAAUCUUUGUCUUUAUUAUUUAUCCGGACGUCCCUUCAUUAGCAGUCUCCGGCCAUCGGCGCCGUCGGCACCCCAACUUCCUGUUCGCCCCAGUUUCCUGUCUGGUCCUCGCUCUUUCCCCAAAAUCCAUUCCCGGCUUUGCUUCAGUCCGUCGUCUAUCCCGGUCAGUUUGUCGUCGAUCCCUUCUCUCUCCUCGGCGGCGUUUAAGGUAAUCUUCGUCGCCUUCCAAGGAUCCCGUUCACUGACGAUGGUCAAUAUCUUUUCCCAAUCUGUUGAAUUAACGUUGAAGCGUUUU